AUGCUGGAUAUCCAAAAAACAACCGAUGAGGAACAUUUGGAAGAACACUAUCCUUCAUUUUUCAAUCCAGCUGAGGCAUCAGAUGUGAAAAAAGAGGAUAAAUAUGACAAAUUGGCAGAAGAUAUUCGUUUAUUUAUGGUUCGUAGGAAAGGACAAGCGUUGACAGAUGAAAUUUUGCAGAGUUUUAAGAAUCAUGUAUCAGUUGAAGACUCGUUUGCAUUUCGAUCCAUUUUAAAGCGUUUGUGUAUAUUGCAGAAAAACUCAAACUUAUGGGUGCUUAGGGAUGAAUAUCAAUAA